AACAUUCAUUUCACCACAACAUCAAUUAGAUACCUUUUUAUGAGCCAAACACACACAGACAACUUAUACUUAUAGUCAAUUUGUAAUAAGAAAAAUGAAGGAAAAGAAAUUGGAAUUUCUGAAGCACAGCUAGCUUUUAUAUGGAGCGAUUCUUAGGGUUUAAGCAUUGUGUCAAAUAAUUGAAAAUACGAAUUACGUUCAACCAAUUCAGGAUCUAGUUUAUCCUUGGACAAUAAAUCAACUACCCAUUUCAUGGUUGAAUCAUCCGCAGAGAAACCCCUCUCUACCAUUUCUUGAACAAGUCCAAUCGCCCUUGAUGUCUCUUCCAGCAGUUUACAGAAAAGUGCUGCUGCCUCAGAAAUUCUAUCCUCAAUAACGAAGCCCUUGAUUAAAGUGCUGUAGGUGGCAACGUCGGGUUCAAAACCAAGAACAACUUUGCCAAGACAGAUAAGCUACGGCCCAUUUGGCCCAGAUGACAAAAUCAGUUAAAAAUAAUGUUUAGAGUACAAACAUUAGGAACAAUUAGCAACAGCUCCAUUUUGCUUACACAGAGAUGGCAGCAGAAUAAUGUUUCAAUUUCGCAACUUGACCCAAUAAUGGAUUGAAAUCGACAAUUGAAGGCAGAGGACGCGUUUGAAGCAUCGAAUUGAACAAAUUCAACGCGUCCUCAAGAUUAGUGAUUUCGGGUGAGUUUGAGUUUCUCUCAAACUCCCAAGCCUUGCAUCUGGCUCAGACAGACUUGGAGACAGUGCAGAUGAUCAUGAUGAUUAUGAUGCGGAGAUCUGCUUCUUCUUCUUAUUGCAAUCGACGACACAGAGGUAAUCCUUGUCUGCAACUGCAAUCUAGGUCUAGGGUUUUUUUCUCCAACAAUAAUUACUUGGGUUUAUUUCAUGGUUCUUCUCAGUCCUCAAACCCUAGCAAAUCUAAAUCUAGAGACCCCCAACACCCAUUUGACGUCACUAAUCUCGAGGAGGCAUCAAAUAUGUUCAAAAAGAUGCUUAAACAGCGUCCUCGACCUUCUAUUGUCCGCUUCACUCAAUUAUUGGGUCAAGUUGCAAAAUUAGAGCAUUAUUCGGUAGCCAUAUCUUGGUAUAAGCAAAUUACUCUGUUGGGAAUGGGACUUGUUCCUGAUGCCUUUACUUUAAACAUUAUCGUGAAUUGUUUUUGUCGUUCGAACGAAAUGGGCGGCAGUUUUUCAGUCUUGGCACUAUUCUUUAAAUUGGGGCUUCAACCAGAUGUCACCACCCUCAACAUUUUGAUAAGGGGCCUUGGCCAUGAUAAUAGAGUUGAUGAAGCCGCUUCACUUGUCCACAAAAUGGCAGCCUUUGGAGAAGGAUGUAAGCCCAAUGUUAUUACUUUUGGUACAUUAAUAGCUGCCUCAUGCAAACAAGGUCAAAAUGACAGGGCUAUUGAAAUGCUUCGGAUGAUGGAAAAAAAUGACUGUAAACCUAACGUAGUUGUCUACAGCACAAUAAUUGACAGCCUUUGUAAGGACAAGCUUGUUGAUGAGGCAUUCAAUCUCUUCUCAGAAAUGAAAAGGAAGGGUAUUCCACCAAACAUCGUAACUUAUACAUCUUUGUUUCAGGGUUUAUGCAGAUUAGGUCAGUGGAAGGAAGCGUCACGAUUCUUCAAAGAGAUGAACAGUAACGGUAUCUCUCCAAACGUUCAAACCUUCAGUGCCCUUGUUGACUGUUUGUGUAAGGAGGGCAAGUUGAAGGAAGCUAAUCAAGUAAUUGAUAUUUUGACUGCUAGAGGUAUGGAACCUAAUACUGUUACUUACAAUUCGCUCAUGGAGGGUUAUUGCUUGCAAGGAGAUAUGGAUAAAGCAAAACGCAUUUUUGAUCUAAUGCUUAAGAAGGGCUCUAUUGUUGAUGUUUUUAGUUAUAGUAUACUGAUAAACGGAUAUUGCAAUGAAAGAAGAAUGAAGGAAGCAAUGUUGUCGUUUGAGGAAAUGACUCGUAAGGGAAUGGUUCCAGAUAUUGUUACUUAUACAACACUUAUUGGCGGCUUUUGCAAAGAGGGAAGAAUAGAUGAUGCACAAAACAUGUUCUCAAAAAUGAAAGUUGGUGGUCCACUUCCAAAUAUUCAUACUUAUAGUGUUUUACUGGAUGGACUGUGUAGAAACCGCCAGAUUGAUAUGGCUUUGAAAUUGUUUGGAGAGUUGGAAGGGAGUAGCUUGGAUUUUGGUAUCGGUCUCUACAAUAUUCUUAUCAAUGGUUUAUGCACGGCAAGAAGAAUUGAAUGUGCAAGGGAUCUCUUUUGCAGUUUUCCUUCAAAAGGACUUCAACCAGAUGUCAAGACCUAUACAAUACUGAUAAUUGCUCUUUCUACCAAGGGCCUAUUUAGUGAAGCAGAAGCAUUUCUUAGAGGAAUGGAAGAGAAAGGCUGUUCCCCAGAUACUGUUACCUACAACACAAUCAUCCAGGGAUUUCUCCGUAAUGAUGAGCUAUCAAGGGCACAAGAACUUAUUCAAGAAAUGAUGACCAAGGGUUUCUGUGCAGAUGAUUCAACAGAAAAAAUGAUAACUGACUUAAUUACUGAGGGCAAACUGGAUCCUGCUUUUCAUCCAGUGGAAAAAAAAUCUGAGGGAAUUUAAUUUGCACCUUGAAAUGAACAAAAAAUUUGUAGAGAUGCGGAAAUUCUAGUAUUUUUAGUGUGGAAACUAGUUUAAGUAUUUCUGACGGAAUGUGUUUUCAUUUUGAAGCGGUCAUGUGUUGUGAGUUUCUUGUUUUAUAAAUUUUCAAAACUGUUGUUUAGAACUGCAAAAUUCUUCAUCAUAUAUCUUGCCUUCUAAUAUACAUUCUGUAUCAGGAAACUGGAAUGAGGCUUGCUCUUUGAGGAAGAGAAAUAAAAGAAAAAGGUGUGGUAAAGGUUCACGGAUGUAGUUGGAUUGUAGUGGGACAGAGAACAAAUUUAUUUGUUGCAGGGGAAAAGUCUCAUCCAAAUGCUAUGAAAUCAUGGCAACUUUAAAGUAUUGGACAGCAAUAAUGAAAGAAGAGGGCUAUGUUGGUGACACAGAUUCUUUCUUGCAUGAAUAAGAGGGAGAGAAGCCCCUAUGGUAUUGACUGUUGCCGCCAAGUGCAUAUUGUUAUUACUAUGCGUACCACAUCCCAAGGCCUCUCUUAGCAGGAUUACAAAGUAAACCAGAAUUACUAUCCCAGCAGUAUUCUGCAACUUUGCUCUGCACUUCCUUAUGUAUGCUGGCUUUGUUGAUGUGGAUAUUUAUGCCUGGAGGUGCUUUGUUUUACUACUUCGUUGAAGCAGAAACAGACACUGACAAAGAAGCCCUUCAUUCUUUGUCUCAAUAGUGAUUGGUUUCUUUGAUCCUAUUCACCAGAUCUGGUGGUGAGGUUGCCUAAUCAGCCAAAUGUUGGGUUCAAGCAGUAUGUUGAUGUGGAUGUGAAAGCUAGGAGGAGCAAGGAGCCUGGCAAGAAGCCCCUCACUCUUUGGCUCAAUAGAGGGCAUUGCAUACGCGAUUGGCUAUUGUACCGCAAGAGUAUGAAAGAAAAAGGGGGACAAGUGUAGGAAAGAAUAUUUCAAUGGCAUUUGCAAGAACAUUAAUUUGAGCCCAGUGAAGAACUUGUCUACAUUCUUUGUUUCUUGUUGGACUUACAUUUCAUCAAUAGCUCAGCGCUUGCUUUGAUACAUAUGCCAUACAAUAUGGGAAGAUAUUCAGUCAGUUGAUUAUCACUUUUGUGUUUGAAUUGAAUCAUAUAAAAUGAAGCUGAUGUUUCCAUAAGCGGCCGAGGCAAAUAUAAACGCAAAUGUUAUCAAUCCAUUCCAUAUAUAACAAGCAUUUGAUCAUAUAUUGAUUGUGCUGAAAUAUGUACCUUCUGAUGAAGAUCACUCCAUUGAAGUUUCAGUUGGUACAACAAAAAGAAUGGCUGCAAAACGUACAUGGGUUUUUUCUUUGUGAAAAAAAAAAAAAAAAAA